AUGAAGCUCAACAUCUCCUACCCGGCCAACGGCACCCAGAAACUCGUCGAAAUCGAAGACGAGCGCAAACUCCGCAGCUUCAUGGAGAAGCGCAUGGGCCAGGAAGUCCCCGGCGACGGCGUCUCUCCCGAGUUCAAGGGCUACGUCUUCAAGAUCACCGGCGGCAACGACAAACAAGGCUUCCCGAUGAAGCAGGGUAUCAUGCAUCCUACGAGAGUCCGCUUGCUGUUGGGUGCGGGACAUAGCUGCUACCGGCCCCGGAGGACCGGGGAGAGGAAGAGGAAGAGCGUCCGGGGGUGCAUCGUGGCCAUGGAUUUGGCGGUGCUGGCGUUGAGCGUGAUCAAGCAGGGCGAGGAGGAGAUCCCGGGUCUCACGGACAAGGUGUUGCCGAAGAGGUUGGGCCCGAAGAGGGCGACCAAGGUCCGCAAGUUCUUUGGGUUGGGCAAGGAUGAUGAUGUCCGCAAAUUCGUCAUCCGACGCGAAGUUCAACCCAAGGGCGAAGGCAAAAAACCCUACACCAAGGCACCCCGCAUCCAGCGCCUCGUCACUCCGCAGCGUCUCCAGCACAAGCGUCACCGAAUGGCACUCAAGCGUCGCCAGGCCGAAUCCUCCAAGGAUGCUGCCAAUGAGUACGCGUCUAUCUUAGCCAAGCGUGUCAAUGAGGAGAAGGCGAAGAAGUCCGAGUUGAGGAAGCGAAGAGCGUCGUCGAUGAGGAAGUAG